AUGCCGACAGUUCCUUCACCUGUCCCGCCACAAUUAGAACAUUACGUGACACCACCUCUCACGGUGAUCUUCACCGUACUCUUUCUAAUACUCAUCUUUGUCGGUUUCUUCACUCUCUAUUUCUGCAAGUGUUUUCUCGACACCAUAGUGCACGCCUGGCGCAUCCAUCACCACAAUGGAGAAACGGAAACAACAGAAAAUCCCUUACAGCCACAUGACGAAGCUCCUCCUCCGGUCAAUCCUGGCCUAGACCUUAGAAUCAUAAACUCGUUCCCCACUUUUCCUUAUUUCUCCGUUAAGGAUCUCCGGGAAGAGAAAUACGGCCUCGAAUGUGCCAUUUGUCUACUUGAAUUUGACGGUGAUCACGUGCUACGUCUCUUGACAACUUGCUACCACGUGUUUCACCAAGAAUGCAUCGAUCUUUGGUUCGAAUCUCACAAGACUUGUCCUGUUUGUCGCCACGACCUAGAUCCUCCUCCUCCCCCAGAAAACACCAGCAAUGUUCUAUCUAACGUCGAUGAGAUGAUCAUCGAUGUAGUUCAAGAAACCAGUUAUGCUGAUGAUCGUCAUCAGACAACAACACCGAAUGAUACUUGCACGUCUUCGGGACAAAGCAGUUGCGCAAACAACGAAAGAUCGAGAAAAGAACAAACAUCGCCAGAAAUAUUCUCGAGAUCGCACUCUACGGGACAUUCAAUAGUGAGAAACAAAUUACCAGAGGAAGAAGAUAAGUAUACAUUAAGAUUACCAGAGCAUGUCAAGAUUAAUGUUACAAGAGGACAUAGCCAAACAAAGAGUUGUGUGACUUUUGCAGAACUUGUUAGAAACAGAAGCUAUGAUCAUCGCCGGUUUGGUGAAGUAUCCAAUCAAACGCUUGCUACACACUCGGGAAAGUAA